GUCUGGUUCCUUCCCUUCCUAACUCAAAUACUCCAUUUUAUCUCUCUAAAACUAGGUCUCCCCCUCCCACUGUAAAAACAAAACAGAGGAAAACUAGCGUGUUGAUAGGUCUGGUUCCCUCUCUUGCACUUACAAUGGUCGCUGGGAAGGUGAGGGUGGCAAUGGGGCUGCAAAAACCCCCUGCCAACCAGAAGCAAGAAACACCGCCAAAGCAAAAGCCGCCGCUGCCUUCCCCGAGCUCCGGGAAGUCUGGAUCUCAGAAGGCCGGUUUCUCGCGUUCGUUCGGCGUAUACUUCCCACGGUCCUCAGCGCAGGUGCAGCCACGGCCGCCGGACGUCACGGAGCUGCUCCGUCUCGUUGAGGAGCUUCGUGAGCGAGAAUCUCUAUUAAAAACCGAACUCAUCGGACACAAGCUGCUCAAAGAGUCCGUGGCGAUCGUUCCUGUACUCGAGAGCGAAAUCUCUCAAAAAACUGCUGAGCUUGGAGUGGCGAGUGAGAAGAUCGAGAGGUUAGAAGUUGAGAAUGAGAGACUGGAAAAGGAGCUCCGGGAAGUGAAGAAGGAGUUUGAGGAAGACAGGAGGGAGAGCGAAAGGAAAGUGAAGGAGAUGGAAACGGUGAUUGCGGAGCUCAAGAAAACGGCCUCCGAUUGUAGUAAAGUGGACAUGAAUGUGGAGAGUGACGAGCUCUCCUUAUCUCAGAGGUUUCAAGGAUUAAUGGAGAUUUCCGUAAAAUCGAAUAUUAUAAGAAACCUGAAGAAAUCAAACAGGUGUAGCCAAAUUACUGUUAAUACUAACCAAGAAAAUCACAGGGCGGAUAUUGUGGAUUUAAGGAGAGAGGAGGCCGAAAGUGAGAGACCAAGGCACUCCAGGUGUAACUCGGAGGAACUCGCUGAGUCUACUCUUAUUAAUCAGAGAUCUAGGGUUGCAAGAGUUCCCAAACCACCACCAAGGCCGUCGUCCUCGUCCUCACCGUCAUCCCCAACAUCAUCUGACGGUUCUUGUCCAUCGAUUCCACAACCUCCACCUCCACCUCCACUUCCACCGGCGAUGAAAUCAAUGCCUCCACCACCUCCGCCCCCUGUUAGAACUGCGCCUCCACCGCCUCCUCCACCUCCGCUAAAGGGAAUAAAAGGCGGGCUAGCGAAGGUGAGGAGGGUGCCCGAGGUUGUGGAGUUUUAUCAUUCCUUGAUGCGGAGGGAUUCUCGAAGGGACUCCGGCAGCGGCACGACGGAGCUGGUACCUGCCACGCUCAACUCCCGCGACAUGAUAGGGGAGAUCGAGAACCGGUCGACUCACUUGCUUGCGAUAAAAACAGAUGUGGAAACACAAGGAGAUUUUAUAAGGUUUCUGAUCAAAGAGGUUGAGAAUGCAGCCUUCACCAACAUUGACGAUGUGGUGCUUUUCGUCAAGUGGCUCGAUGAUGAGCUCUCUUACUUGGUUGAUGAAAGGGCAGUGCUUAAGCAUUUUGAAUGGCCAGAGCAAAAGGCAGAUGCCCUGCGCGAGGCUGCAUUUGGUUAUUGUGAUUUCAAGAAGCUUGAAUCUGAGGCUUUGUCUAUUCGUGAUGAUCCUCGCCAGCAAUGUGGUCCAGCUCUCAAAAAAAUGCAGGCUUUGCUUGAAAAAUUGGAGCAUGGAGUCUACAACCUCUCACGUCUGAGGGAAUCCGGUACUAACAGAUUCAAAGGUUUCCAAAUUCCUACAGAUUGGAUGCUUGACACUGGGAUUGUAAACCAGAUCAAGCUGGCAUCAGUGAAAUUAGCAAUGAAGUAUAUGAAGAGAGUAUCCGCUGAACUUGAAAGCGUUGGGGGUAGUCCUGAAGAGGAGGAACUGAUUGUCCAGGGGGUUAGAUUCGCUUUCCGGGUGCAUCAGUUUGCUGGAGGUUUUGAUGUUGAAACAAUGAGGGCAUUCCAGGAGCUGAGAGAGAAAGCCAGAUCUUGCCAUAUACAAUGCCAGAAUCAGCAACAUCAGAGACUUGUAUGCAGGUCUACGACCUGUUAAUCUGUAGCAACCUCAGCUUCAGAAGUGCUUACCUUUUUUGUUGUAAAGAUAUAAAACAUAAUAAUGUAUGUGAAUACACGAUGGCUGAGGCUAUCUCUCAUUAAGAUUGAUUUGUUGAUCUAA